AAUUUUGUACAAUAUUUGUAUAUAUUUAUACAUAUAUAGUACUUAAACUUAUUAUUAAUAAAAUAUUUUAAAUAAUGACUGCAAAAGUGUAUCAACUAGAUCAAGAACUAGAGGCGAGAGUUAAGAAAGCAACUGAGCGUAUAUCUGAAAAUAUGCAUAUAGUUGCAAAUGAACCAUCUCUUGCGUUUUAUAGACUUCAGGAACAUGUAAGGAAAGUAUUACCUUCUAUGAUGGAGAAACGAGUAGAAGUGCUUGGACUUCAGCAGCAACUUUUAGGUAGAUGUUUUGAUGUAGAGUAUGCUGUAAGUGCUAUUGAUGCAAUGAAUGGUGCUGGAAGGAGUUUUGAAAAUACUUUAGAAUUCUUCAAGAAUGCUAUAUUUCUUAAACAACAAUUGAACUAUGAGGAACAACGAAGGCACAAAAAAGAUGGAAAUAGAGAUUCUGUAUACAAAAGAUUAUCUGCACACAUUCCUGCAUUAGAUCAUUUACCAGAUGAAAUAUCUGAUGUUGUCAGAGAAACUGCUAACAAAGUAGAGUCUAUGAUGAAUCAUGCUAAAUAUUCUACAGAGAUUCAAAAAACAAAUUAAAUUUGAAAUGAUAAUUAAAUGCAUUAAAAUAUAAUGUUGUUCAGAAAUAUAAAUGUAAAUAUCGUAAAUAAUUGAUUAGACUACUAACAAUUUGUAUGGCAUAAAAUAGGUGGGUUAUGUGAAAUAAAAUUAUUGUUGUUAUAUUCUGAA